AUGAAAGAUUCUUGUUGUAUUCAUUUAUCAACAGCUGAAACAACUGGUAUGACACCAGAAUCAAUUUAUAAUCGAGAUUUAGUUGCUGAUUUACUUAAAUUAGCAAAUACAGUUCUUGCUGAAGCAAAUUAUGAUUCAAAAGUAACAAAAAGAACUUCUAUUGUUUCUUUUUUUGGUUCUUCACUUUCAUCAUCAUCAUUUAAUGGAACAAAUAAUCAAUAUCAACAACAAUUAAAAGCAAAAGACGAUCGUAUUAAACAAUUAGAAACAGAAAAACAUGUUCUAUUAAAAGAAUUAGUUGAGAUGAGACAUCAACAUAGAACAGUUAUUUCAGCUAAAAAUUCAUAG